AACCACACUGGAGCCAACCAGAGUGCAGUUCAGUGGUCACUGGACUGGACUGGAGCUGCCACUGGACUGCAGUGACUAGACGAGAUGUGUGUGAGUCUUGGUUAGACCAUGAUUCAGGAGGCCAGUUUUACACAACUAGUCAGUCCACAGUCAGGUAGCGCGACUUAAACGGCGGCCAUGCGGGCGUCGCCGUCUUCCGCACUCGCGGAGAUCGCGCAGCGUGCGUCCGCGGUGUCGCAGGCGAGCAGCAGGCGCGACGUGGCAGACGAGAACUCGAAGGCAACCUCGCGCUCAGGCGCGCCUGAUUCCCGUUUAGGCACGCCUAACGGCGGCGAUGCGCCAGCACCGUUGUACCAUAAGCCGCGGGGAAAGCGGGAGGGCUUGGUACAUCGUCUCGCGGCUUUAAUAUUACAGCUGCGACUCGGUUCGGCGGUUGUAGUCCUACCUGUGCUGACGUUUUUCCUAGUGUGGUUGGUGUUGGCGGGAAGGAGAGGCGACGACGCAAGAGACGAAAUCAGCGAUAGUAAUUUACCAGGCAAUGGAGAUACAACGGUGAAUCCAACCAUAUCAGGCAUCGCAGGAGUCGCAGGAGUCGCAGGAGUCGCAGGAGGGGGGGUGACGUGGAUGGAGGUGGAGCGGCUCGCUAGGGGAGGCGCGCGAGCGAAGGACCGUUUUGGGUUCGGAAGCCUGCAUGCCGCGAGCGGCGGGGACGGGGAGAGCAAGACGAGCGGGAAGAGCGAUAUUCUCGAGGGGAGCGGGGAUGGCGGGAAUAACGAGAAGAAUGGGAUCAGUGGGGAAAGCGGGACAAACGGGAAUCGCGGGGGCGUUUCUGCGGCAGACUUGGUUGUCCACGUGGCAGUCGACCUCCCGGACUUUAUCCUCCUUCUGCUGCGGCCGCUGGCUACGUCUGAUGCGCUGGAAUCCGUCGUGGCAGCUGCAGCUGGGGAACGAUCCUCUGAGGUAGCCUCUAAGAACGUCUCUAAGAACGCGCGGUUCAGCAGGGCUUUGGUGUCCCGGGAGCAGCUAGAGCGGAUAAAGGAGAUGGAUUGCAACUUCGGGGAAGGUUCGUCGACUGCUCGCACGCGGGUGCUACAGGUGUCGGCCGAUGGGCUCGACGCUGUGGGCGACGUGGACGACAUGGGCGAUAUGAGCGACAUGGGCGACACAGGCGACGUGAGCGACCAAAGAAACAGCAGCAGGGGGGGGAGCAGCUCCAGCAGCAGUGCGACCAGCAGUGGGGGCAGCAGCGACAGCAGCAGCAGCAGCAGCAGCAGGGGUGGGACGGAAAGGGCGAAGGGUGGCAGCAGCAGGAGACGGCUGACGGCUGCUGGGAUGGCGGAAGAGCAGCGAGGGGACACCGGGGCGGGGCAGCAGGGGGCGGGAGGUGAGAGCAUGGGCGGCGAAGCGAAGGGAACGAGAGCGACGGCGGAGGGCCAGGUGGGAGGGGCGACUGCUGGGAUGAUUACUGGGGGGACUGCUGGGGGGACUGCUGGGGCCACUACUGCGGUGAUUGCUGGUGUGGUUUACGUGCACUGCGCUCGGCCUCAAGGGGAAAUAGCAAGGCUAGCCGCAACCACACGCAACAACAGCAGCAGCAGCAGUAAGGGUGUGCAAGUGGCGUUAGAAGACAAAACAGGCGGGCGGCUGGGCGGCUCUGCCGUGUGGCAGGCGUUGAACCACAAGAAGAGGCUGCCCCCUCUAGUGUACGAGGCAGUGACAGUGCGGAGGUCAGUGGGGGAAGAGGCAGAGGGGCGCGAGGGCGUGUAUCUGUUCGUGAGGGGGCUGCAGACCAAUCCGCAUCAGCCGCCGGUGCUGGCCAACGUCACGUGCGUCUAUGGGGCUCAUGGGGUUGAUGGGGGGAUAGAGGGAGGUGGCAAAAGCGGAAGCAGCAAUGAGCGGGCAGAGGAGGUGGGGCUGCUGCGGGUGCCUGCGGUGGCUGCUGCGAUGGAGGUGGUCUUCUGCCCGCUGCCCUCCCAUGCUGCCGCUGCUGCUGCUGCUGCUGCUGCAGCUGGUGGCAAUGACAGCGGUGAGGGUGGUGCGAGUGUCAACGCUGCGGCCAGUCAUGUGGCUCAGAGCAGGCCUGUGGCCAUGCGGGCAGUGACAGUGGAGUAUGAGGGGCGCCUGUUCCCAUCUGUAGCCUUCUUCGACCCCGUUGACCCCUUUGACCACCCGGAGGGCCUGGAGGAAAGCAGCACUGGUGCCGCGUCUCAGGCGCAACAGGAGGGUGGACUGGGAGUGGAGGGCCUUGUUGAUGAACGCAGCGAAGGUGCCAGUGGCAAUGGCAACGGCGAGAAAAAGGGAGCAGGGAGUGGGGAUGGGGGAGCAGGCAAGGAGGCUGGAGAGGGAGCGGGGGGUCAAAGCAGCAUGCAGGGGAGGGGGGGGAGGAGGAGGGAAAAGCCGCACUUUGUGUGCGUGUGCACGAUGAUUUUUAACGUGGGGAAGUUUCUGCGCGAGUGGGUGGUAUACCACCACUGGAUGGGCGUGGAUCGCAUCUUCCUCUACGACAACAACAGUGAGGACAACACCACGGCUGUCAUCGCCAGCCUUGCAGUGGACGGCGGCGCCCGUCUUGUUCUGGGCACGCCGGCCGGCCAGGCUGCUGUUGCGGCGGCGUCAGAGGCGGCAGCAUGGGGAGGGGGAGGGGGAGCGGGGCUGGCAGGAGGAGAGGAGGUGGGGAGUGAGGGAGGUCAGUGGUGGGUGCGGGCGGGCUUUGUCGGCUCCACUCACAACCAAAGCCUUGCAGCAUCAUUAUCACAAGAAUACCCAUCCUCCUCCUCCUCAUCCUCCUCCUCCUCCUCCUCCUCCUCCUCCUCCUCAUCAUCCUCCUCCUCCUCCUCCUCCUCCUCCUCCUCCUCCUCCUCCUCCUCCUCCUCCUCCUCCUCCUCCUCCUCCUCCUCCUCCUCCUCCUCCUCCUCCUCCUCCUCCUCCUCCUCCUCCUCCCCCCCAUCCCCAUCCCCCAUGGUAUCCCUCCACCCGUGGCCGUGGGUGAAGGCCCAGCAGGCGGGGUUCUCGCACUGCGUGCUGCGGGCAGCGCAGCAGUGCGAGUGGGUGGGGUUCAUCGACGUGGACGAGUUCGUCGCCCCCAAGUUCAUUGCGCACAUUGCCGAGGGCCGCAAGGGGCUCAGCAGUGAGGUGCGGGAGAAGGGCGCGUUCAUUCCGCAUGUGCUGAGGAGAGUGGUGCGGGCGAGUGAGAGGGAGAUUGAGGAGGUGGUCGCGAGGAAGGUGGCAGGGGAGGGGGAGAGGGGGAAGAGAGAGGAGAAGGGGGAGGAGGGUGGGGAAGGGCAGAGGAGCAUGGCGGGUGGGGGGAGGCGGGAGGCAGUGGGUGGGGGGAAUGGGGAGGAGGGGCAGGUGGCAGAGCGGGAGAGGGAAGGGGGGGGAGAGAUCCAAGGUGCUGCAGAUGCAAGGGGGAGUAGAGGCGUGGGAGGAGCUGUGCGGAGACGUCUUGCUGGUGGUGAUGCGUUUGUUGGUGCGGAUGACAGCGAGGGGUUGAGGAAGGGCAAGAAGGGCAAAACAGGCGGGAAGAGCAAGAAGGGCAAGACAAGUGAAGGGGAUAAGACGAUCAAAAGGAAGAAAGGAAAGGGCGAGGAAAGUGACAGACGUGAAGGAAAGCGGAUCAAGAAAAAUGCGAAGGCGGAGGAAGAAGGGGAGGAGUCGGGGAUAAAGAAGAAGAAGAGCAAAAAGGGCUUUGGUGUGACAGACUCGGAGGGAGAGUGGCCAGAAGGUGACAGUGAGAGUGAGAGUGACAGCACGGCAGGAGCCAGCAUGGAGAAGGAAAGAGCAGCGGACGACGUGCGACCGCUGGGGCAAAUCUCCUUCCCCUGUGUGGACUUCGGGCCCUCAGGCCUAACGCAGCAUCCCCAGCAGGGGGUAUCUGUGGGGUACACGUGCCGGGCACGCAAGCCCGACCGCCACAAGUCGUUUGUGCGGCCAGAGGCAGUGGCGGACUCUCUUUUUUGUCACAUCCACCAGUUCGAGCUGCGGGAGGAGAAGUACCGCAGCCAGGUGUUUUCGGGGAGAGUGCGGUUGGCCAACAUCAACCACUACAAGUUCCAGGUGUGGGACGAGUUCAAGGCCAAGUACCGGCGGCGAGUUGCCACUUACACAAAAGACUGGAAGGGAGCAAAGCAGAACAGCAAUGACCUCAUAGCGGGGCUGGGGACGGACGCGGUGGAGCCGGCAGACUGGGCGGGCAAGUUCUGCGAGCGCAACGACACUGUGCUCAGGGACUUUGUGAAGCUGGCUUUUGCUGUGAGGGAUGAGAGGAGAAGGGGCAAGGGGAAUCGGACACGCUUGGCCUGGGAAUGAAGCAAUGCCAGGGCCGCACACCACUACCAUAGAAGUUUGUGUUUCUUAAUGCAUAGACAGGAAAUUAUUUGAGGCACCUUUUGUGUUAGAGGUGGUGUAUAGAGUCAUAAGCAGGACAUUCAUAACAAAAAUAAAUCUCAAUCAAAAUGUGUCCUAACAAAGUCUCCCACUGUUGGAAAUAUCUCAAAGGACUUGAGCGUUUUUGAAGUGUAACACUGCACUCGAGGAAGACUACAGGGGAGCACGCGAGUCAACGGAGGUUACAUGAGGGGGCGGACAAAGAAUACGAAAAGACACGAAAGGUC